AUGCUUCCCCUCAUUUUUUUGUUACUACUGUUUCAGCACUUUCCUGAGAGUAUUGAACAGACGGUAUCCUACAUCGCGGCUUCCACUAAUCCUCCUCAUGGAUGUCCCAAUUUUGGUCUUUGUACGGAUGUGACAACCACUUUGGUCACCUCUACUAAUGUAUCGACAGUAUACCAGUACGGGUGUGACCCCGAUAACUGUUAUUGUCUAGAUGGUACAACUAACGGGACAGAGCCAUGCGAUACAAUAACUGAUCAAUGUGGUAAUAAUCCAUGUGGAAAUGCUGACCGCUUUUCGUGCACUUCAAAAAUUAAAAGCUAUGAUUGCUCUUGCCAACCUGGAUGGACUGGAGAUAAUUGUGAUUCAGAAGUCGGAUCCGCAUGUGCUACAUCACCAUGUCGGCAAGGUGCCACAUGUGUUGCUGCAGAAAAUUCCACAACCGGAUAUAGUUGUAUUUGCACGGAUAAACAGUUUGGAACCAAUUGUGAAUCCCUCUGUGGUACUUGGUGUAUGGUAUCUGAAAGUCCGAUCGUUAAUGACACCUCAAAUAUGGACAGUGACUGCCGGAAGACUUGCGGCGGUAACAGCUCCGAGUAUUGUGGAAAGUUAAGUUCCAGAUGUAUUGUCUACGAGGCUGGAACAGUUGAAACGGAUCCAAAUCCCUGUGAGAACGCUACCCUAUGCAAUGCAGAUAUUGGAAAUGGAGUAUGUGUUAACUGGGCUAGUGAUGUCACGGAUGGCUAUGCAUGCGCAUGUGGACCACUUUGGACCGGGAGACAAUGCGAUACUCCGGUUGCUCCUGCGUGUACUCCGAGUCCGUGCGUUAACGGAACAUGUGUUCUACGUGAACAGUAUAAUAAAUAUACAUGUGUCUGUGAUGAUGGGUUUUUCGGUACAAACUGCGAAUAUGCCGACGUGUGCACUGCUUCUACAUGUCUUUAUGGUGGGACUUGUGAAGAGACUAAUAAUGGAGGCUAUAAAUGUAACUGUCUGGAUCAGUAUUUUGGAAAUAAUUGUGAGCAAAUCAACCGUUGCAACUAUGGAGAUCCGUGUGUCAAUGGAAAAUGCUCAACUACUGUGAAUGGCAUUACUCCGAACUUUACAUGUCAGUGUGACGAUGGCUGGACUGGAGUGAAUUGUGACACAAUGAUUGACUUUUGUGUUCCCGAUCCUUGCCAAUACAACAGUACCUGCACUCCAAAGUUCAAAGGUUACAAUUGCACUUGUUUAACAGGGCUAACUGGAUUAAAUUGCAGCACAAUAAUCGAUUUAUGUGUCCCUUACAAAAAUUCGGAGAAUCAGUGGGUUAAAUCACCAUGCAACACAAAAGAUGAUAUGGCAAACUGCACUAAGGGAAUAAAUACGUUUACAUGUAGCUGUAGUGACAAAUGGACUGACACUCUCUGUGAUUUGAAUGUUCUAAUCAAAGACGUUCUGAUGGCAAUCUAUGGUCAUGUAGAUCUCACCAUGAUAGGGCUUCUGAAUGAUCUCAUGCAAAACCCCUCUCAAAUUAAAGACAUGGUCCCGUUUAUUACUGGUCUGCUCACUGAUAGCGAAAGAUCUGAGCUCAGUUGGGAUGUCAAUGAUUUGUUUAAUUGGAUAAGCUUUGAGGAUCAGCGAUUGGAUAUGACGAAAGACAUUCAUAUGUGGAAUGAUGUGGUAUUGGGAAACUGUUUCACGUUCAACCAUCAGGAGCAAAAUUUUACGUAUCUUAUGAGGAGGCCAGGGCGACAUGGAGGUAUCCAAGCUUUCAUGAAAACUCGACAAGACGAGUAUGCUCCAUGGUACGACACUGCAGCAAUCAACGUUUUCAUUCAUAACCGUGAUGAGUACGUAUUCUCAGAAUCCACUAGAUACACUCGUCUUGGUGGUCGGUACGGAAAAUGUGUGAUGAAAACGUCCGAGGUUAAAGCUUACUACUACCCUGGAUCAUACACCACUGAUGGUUGUCUUCGAACAUGUUAUCAAGAUCGUAUCCAACAAGAAUGUAACUGCAUGGACCCACGGUAUCCAAAAGCUGACAACGCUACAUCCUGCCAACUAUCAGAGAGAAGUUGUGUCACUGACGCAUCCGAACUCGCUGGGGAUCCAUCCACUUGGCCAACAUGUGUUUGUCCAUUGCCAUGUUCUAAUCAGGAGUAUUCGGUUACUUGGAGCAAAGCUAAUUUUGUAAAUUUGCCGGUAUCCUGUCAAGUCGCUUCCGAUGUCCAGGCUUGUCAGCUACAGUAUGUAGAUAAUUUGAUGAUUAAUGUUGUCCUGCCACAAUUAGAUUUUAAGAUUUACGCUGAAACGCCAGCUAUGGACUUCAACAAAUUUCUAUCUCAGCUGGGCGGUCAACUUGGUGUUCUGAUGGGCAUAAAUUUAGUCACUUUUAUUGAAGUGGCGUUUCUGUUCUUCGGAUUGCUUAUGGUGUGCUGUCGGAAGUAUGAUAAAUAA